AUGGUGGAUCGCCCGACGUACCCGACCCCAACUCGCGUCCUUUGGCGGACCCCGGCGACCCGGGCCGUUGCGCCCGGGGUCCCCGAGGCCCACCCGGUCCCGCGGUCUCCGAAGCCAUUGGGGAGCAAGCAAUCAAAGAAGUCGUUUCCGGACUCUCUGCUCGGGAGUGGCUCUAAGCCCGACGACCCCCCGACGGCAUCCGCCUCUGCGCCCGGUGCCGGCCGCGUCAUGGUUGUCGCAAGUACAACCCCAGGACCCGCUGAUCCCGGACCCCAGGUCCCGAGGAGCGAGUCCUCGGACUACGACGCCCAGACUCUCUCAAAGGGGGAGUCCGCUCCAACGAUCACGCCCCUCGGGAACCCGUUCCGGGGUCCUGUGAGUCCGCGCCCAUGGAUGCCCAAGUCGCAUUGGCCCGGUCGUUCGUAUUGGUCGCGAUGGCUGGGGAAACUCUCGACGCGGAGCCUGCAGUUUAUUAUCACCAAGGUUCUGCUUUUAGACAUGCUCAAGAACCAGCUGGCGUAUCUCCCCGACCUCAGCGACCUCCGGCCUGAGUCCAACAUCGACGAUGCGGUCGUCGGUGAGCCCGGGGAGUCGGACCCCGAAGAGGAGGAGCGACUACGGGCCGUCCUCCGGAAGCAUCGAAUGAUUUUCUUGGGAGAGGGAAACGCACUUUCCCCCCCGGCCCGGGGCGUGGUAUGCGACUUGGACGUCGGGGACGAAAAACCCAUUUCCAUGCGAUCCCGGCGGAUCCCCGCCGACUUACUGUCCAAGGUCGAAACGGGCCUGAUCGAAUAUUCCAACUCGGAAUGGGCGUCGGCCAUCGUCCUCGUGAUGAAGAAAAAUGGUACCGAUGUCCGCCUGUGUAUCGACUACCGGUUGGUGAAUCAGCUCAUUAAGUUGAUGAACUAUCCCCUACCCCUGAUCGACGAGCUCAUGAGCAAUUUCGCCGCCACCAUGUGGUUCAUGACCCUGGACAUGGCAAGCGGGUUUUGGGCGGUCCCGAUGACGGCCCGGCCCCCAGCCGAUCUCGGCCUUCAUUUGCCCGCUAGGACACUUCCA